GGGAAAAAGGUAGACAUCAUGGUCACCGACAGGGCGAGCACGAUUGUACCCAUCAUGCAAUAUCAUUCAACAGCAGUCAUGAACUACAUCACAGCACAUACUUUUGUUUCACUCUAUCCCAAGUGGAUGAAUGAUAGGAAGACCUUGGUGAAUCCUGCCACAUACAUGGAUGACAGAACCAACAUAGCGAUGGUAUUGGCGCUGACGAAAUACAUGCAGCGAGGGUUUGAUGUAAAGGCAGAGCCU